AUGACGAGAUAUGCUUACUUUUCGAUCGACAUGCUGGCAUUAUAUCGGCGGUUAACAAUCGGGAUAAUGGAUGGACAUGAGCGAAUUGUCAUCAUAGAUUCUGUUUACGCCAUGUUGUACGCACUUCAGAAAAUAUUAAAAUGGUCUGUAAGAUCCAGUAAGCAUGAAGUACAAUCAUAUGAUCGAUCUGAAGGCAUAUUUCAUGUAAAAACUGGACGUCACGAAUUAAAUUCUAAAGGAGGAAAUAUCCAAAUAUUGAGACUAAGUGCUUCUGAGCGGUACUGUUCGUUUAGCAAGUGGCAAGCCUUUGGUAUUCCAUGCUCGCAUUUUAUGGCGGUUUGUUCACGAUUUAACAUGAACUAUGAAGACUUUGUUGAAGACUAUUAUAAAAUAUCAACUUACGCUGCAUGCUAUGCGCCUCAGUUUCAACCUGUACCGCAUGAAGAUUAUUGGAUAACACCUACAAGUAUGCCUGUCUUACUGCCAGAUCCAUCGUUGUUGAGAAAAUCAGGUAGACCAAAGACUUCACGUUAUCACAACGAGAUGGAUUGGACAGAACAAAGUGCUCAACAACGAUGCUCAUUCUGUAGUCAACUUGGUCAUAACCGACGAAGCUGUACUUUGUUAAGGAGACAGGCACCUGAUAGUUAG